UCCAACCUAGCUAGCUUAGCUAGCCAUGGAGAUGCAUCCACCAUCUAAAAUGCUUGCCUCGCUCACCAUGAUCAUACUGAUGAUGAUGAUGAUGAUGGCCACCUCCGUCGCACUUGCAUCAGAUGCAGCGAUGCUCGAAGGACAAGGAAGAGCACUCCUCGUCUGGAAAGAUAUCUUCUACAACCAAAGCCAGCAGGCGCUGCACUCCUGGGGAAACACGUCGACGCCUUGCAACUGGCGCGGCAUCAGUUGCGAUACUGGUGUGCAUCGACACCAGCAUUGGCCGGUGAUCAGCGGCAUCUCUCUGCGGGGUAUGCGGCUGAGAGGGGCUCUAGAGUCCCUCAACUUCUCGGCCUUGAGGACCUUGACGCACCUCGACCUCUCACACAACCUCCUCACCGGGAGCAUUCCUCCUAGUAUCGAGGUCCUUGGCGAGCUCCAUGCUCUCCUUCUGCAAGGCAACCAGAUAAGAGGCUCAAUCCCACUAGGUCUAGGAAAUCUCACAAAAUUGUAUUCCUUAAUGCUUCAUGAAAAUGAACUCUCCGGUGAAAUACCAAGCCAGAUAGGCAACAUGAGUAGUCUUGUCACCCUCAACUUGUCAAGCAAUCACUUGGUUGGUCAUAUCCCUUGUGAAAUAGGACACAUGAAGCACUUAGUUGCAUUAGAUUUGUCCAGUAAUAAUCUUUUCGGUAAAAUACCAAGCAACAUAGGUGGUUUGACCGAACUCACUAGGUUGUACCUUUACAGUAACAAACUUUCUGGACAAAUUCCACGAGAACUAGGUUAUCUUCUUAACUUAAAGGACCUGCAACUUGGCAUCAACACACUCUCAGGUUUCAUUCCACGAAUUUUUCAUAAUUUAACCAAGCUCACCGUGUUAAUUCUACGGCUAAACAAACUUUCUGGGCUAAUUCUACCAAAAAUAGAUUACCUUUCGACCUUAGAGUACCUGGAUCUUAGUGAAAACAUACUCUCGGGUUCCAUCCCAAAUAGUAUAAGAAAUUUGACGAAACUCACAACCUUGUGCCUUAACAACAACCAACUUUCCGGGUUAAUUCCACAAGAGUUAGAUUACCUUGCGAACUUAGAGUACCUGGAUCUUAGUGAAAACAUAUUUUCGGGUUCCAUCCCAAAUAGCAUAGGAAAUUUGACCAAACUCACAAGCUUGUACCUUUACAACAACCAACUUUCUGGGCACAUCCCACGAGAACUAGGUUAUCUCGAGAACUUAGAGAAUUUCUUGCUUAGCAACAACACACUAACAGGUUUGAUCCCAAAUAGCAUAGGAAAUUUGACAAAACUCACUGACUUAUUUCUUUUCAUGAACCAAAUUUCUGGACGCAUCCCUCAAGAACUAGGUCGCCUUAAGAACUUAGAGUUCUUGAAUCUUAGCAACAAUACACUAACUGGUUCCAUCCCAAAGAGCAUAGAAAAUUCGACCAAACUCACAUGGUUGUUCCUUUACAGCAACCUACUUUCUGGACACAUCCCUCGAGAACUGGGUCGCCUUGAGAACUUAGAGCUGUUGGUGCUUAGAAAGAACACACUAACAAGUUCCAUCCCAAGUAGCAUAGGAAAUUUGACCAAACUCACAUAUUUGAACCUUCAGAAUAACCAACUUUCUGGACACAUCCCUCGAGAACUAGGUUAUUUAGUCAACUUAGACUACCUGUAUCUUAGGUACAACACACUAACAGGCUCCAUCCCAAACAACCUAGGCAAUCUCACAGAAAUCACUAGAUUGUAUCUUGACAAUAACCAACUUUCCGGCCACAUUCCCCGAGAAUUAGGUUAUUUGGUCAACUUAGACGAGUUGUCUCUCGGAAAUAAUGCACUAGCAGGUCCCAUCCCAAAUAGCCUUCGCUAUCUGACAAAACUUUAUAAAUUGGACUUUGGCCAGAACCAACUUUCUGGGCAAAUUUCAGGAGGAUAGGUUGGUUGUUGAAUUUAGAGUACCUAGAGCUUAGUAACAAUACACUAUCAGAUUUCAUCACACAAACAACCUAGACUAUCUUGUAGACUUGUAGUAGAAUUAUCUCUGUGGAAAAUUUCACAAGAAGUAGAAGGCGCACCAUCCUCAUCCACCCCUGCUGCUGCUCCUCUCCCGCACGGGGCCAAACCCCUGCGCCAGCUCCGCUGCCGUGGCACAAGCACCUCCUCACGGUGGCCGACUCCACCUGCUCCUCUCCUGUACUCGUCCUCCUCGCAAAAAAAAAGCCCACGCCCUCGCCGCUGGGUCACUCAACACCGGCGCGCUCACCAGCGACUAGGCCACCGUCGCUGCAGCGUCCGCGCCGGUGGCCCUCGCCCUCGCCGCCUUCUUCGACUGCUGCACGACCCCUCUCGCAUGUGCCACCGACGUCGUUUCCCUGCUCUCAUGCGAGGACGCGCGCCUGGGCCGUCCCUGAAGCGCCCGUUGCGUCCAAGGACAGGGCCGACGUCGCCACCAACCUCAGGAGGCUCCUACUAGGGUCCUCCAACCGCGCGGCCAUCAGCGGUCUCAUUCUCCAAGGUGCCCGGCGUGCACGGGGCCUUCCGGGAUUCGGCGUGGGCCCUCCACGCCUGGGUGCACGAUGAGCUCAAUGGUCCGGUAGACCGGUACUGAAGCUCGGGAACCAAGGAGGAGAUUUUGAUACUGCGACUUAGGUUAAAGAGAAGAGUUUACCAGAUGAAACACUGAAAAGAUUGGAAGUCUAGUGAAGACCAGAGGACUGGCGCAGCUCAUUUCUAGCGCGCCUCCAUAAGCCUCCUGUGCAACGCUCAGUUCGAAGAGCUGUCCGUGCAGGAUCUCUUUCAGACCUACUGUAUGAAGAGUGUUAGAGAUAUAUUUGGGAUACAUGUAUUUGGUAGUCUAGAAUUUGUAAUCCGUCUCCUAUUUUAUCUUCAAAGAGUUUCUUGCCCUCCAA